AUGCUUCAAGAAAAGUUAAAUAAUGGUAUGAGAAGACAAUUAAAACGAAAACGCACUAUAAUUCAGUGUUUAAGAAAACAAAACAACAAAAAUAUUACUAAAAACAUAAGUAUUCAAAAAUUUCUUAACCAGUCACAAUUUCAUUCCAUUAAUUCUAAAGCUCUUAUAACAAUGCAAAUGCUACAUAAAAACCGCAAACCUUGGUCUAGUGCAGAAAAAAAAUUCGCAUUGUCAAUUUUCUAUAAAUCACCUUCGACAUAUAAAUAUAUGCGAAAAAGUGGUAUAGUUUUACAUGGUGAAAGUACCUUGCGCCGAUGGUUAAAAUCUAUACAUUUUCUUCCUGGUUUUAACAAGGAGUACUUAUAUCAUAUAAAAUUGAAAGUGUCAGAAAUGUCUAAAAGUGAUAAAAAGUGUAUUAUUUUACACGAUGAGAUAUCAAUAAUGACAGUCAUUAAGUAUAAUAAAUCCAUAGAUUUAAUCGAAGGUUUUGAAGAUUUGAUUCCCCUUGGUCGUACAUCAAAAGAAGCUAAACAUGCACUAGUCAUUAUGGUUAGAGGACUGUACAAAAAUUGGAAAUUCCCAUUAUGUUAUUUUUUGGCUAAGAACGGAGUUAAUGGGAAUAAUUUAAGUAUUUUAAUAAAAGAAAGUGUUAAAUGUAUACUUGACGUCGGAUUACUACCGACAGCUAUUGUGUGUGACCAAGGGACACAAAACCAAAAAUUGUUUAAACUUCUCGGUAGCACUGAAGUAAAUCCCAUAACUGAAAUACACGGUCAAAAAAUCCAUCUUCUAUAUGGUAUACCACAUCUAAUAAAAAGUUUAAGAAAUAAUCUAAUAACGGGAAAUAUACAGAUUAAAAAUAAAAUAAUAUCUUUUGGCGAUGUGAUUAAGACGUAUGAAAUUGAUAUGAAAAAUAAUACAGCCAGGGAAAUGUGUAAACUGACACCUGCACAUAUUUCUCCGAAUCCUUUUCAGAAGAUGUCCUGUAAACUAGAGAUUCAAAUUUUUAGUAAUAGUGUAUCGGCUGCAAUUAAAACAUGUAUUCAAACGGGAGAGUUGAGAUCAAAUACGGCAAAAGAUACAGCAGACUUUUUACUCUUAAUAAAUAACGCAUUUGAUGCCUGCAACAUUAAAAAUUUAUAUGAUAUAAAUCUAAACAGACGACCGUUGAACCCAAACAAUAAACAUAUAUUUGAAAUUAUUAAAAAAACAAUAUCAGAAUGA